AUCGAUAAAACCCCCCACACACUCUCUUUCCUUUCUUCUUCUUCUCCUUCUUCUUCCUCUGUCCUCCCUCCCCCCCCCCCCCCCCCCCUCUCUCGACUUGGAUUCUCGUAAUUCGAUAGUUUGGGGUUUCCACACUCCAGGGCUUCUUUGAUUCCUUGCUCUGUACCUUUUCUUCUUCGGUUCACGAGAGGCUUUGUUUGGAAUGUGAAGCAGGAUUGAUGAAGAUACCUCGCACUGCAUUCUGUUGAAUUCGAAAGAGCUUGACCGUGUAAGGGAGACGAGUUGUUUCUUUUGAAAAGUACUGUUUCAAUAAUAGACCAAUGGAGGUACAUUACAUAGAUACGGGCUUUCCUUACACUGUUACUGAAAGCUUCAUGGACUUCUUUGAAGGCCUCACGUAUGUGCCAUCGAAUUGUCUCCACCCCGGCUCCGUGCCUGAUCAGGAAUGUGCCAACUGGAUGAUGAAUAUGAGCCCAUAUAAAUAUGAAAUGUCUGGCCCUUUGUGUCCAUCUUAUUUUGGUUAUCCUGAAUAUACCUUUCCCUUACCAAGGAUGGAGGUCAACAGGGGACAGUGGGAAAGCCCUUCAACGGUGACCGUUGAGGAGCCUGCCACAACAGACUCUUUGUCCAGAAGAGAUGGAGUCGCUGGCAUGCAGACUAUUCCUGAAGAAUGCAGCCCUAAUCAUCAAGAUUUCCGUGGUACUCAGGUUGUAUGGCAGCAAGACGGCAUUGAUCCCGAUAAUAUGACUUAUGAGGAACUACUGGACUUGGGCGAGGCAGUUGGAACUCAAAGCAGAGGCCUCUCCAAAGAACUGAUUGAUUUGCUUCCAGUCUCAAAAUACAAUUUUAGAAGCAUGUUUAAAAGGAAAAAUUAUGGGAAAAGGUGUGUGAUUUGUCAGAUGACCUACAAAAGAGGUGACCAACAAAUGAAAUUGCCAUGCACGCACGUUUACCAUAGUGAAUGCAUCUCCAAAUGGCUUAGCAUUAACAAGAAGUGCCCAGUUUGCAACACUGAGGUGUUUGGAGAGCAUUCAAGGAAUCGGCAUUAAGAUGUUGAAAACAGAAGAAAUCCGGAGGUUUUAUCAACUCUGUUAACCUCCCCCCCCCCCUUUCUUCCUUCCACCUUGAUUUUGCUCCUUUUUUUGCAGUAGCAAUCUGAUUACACGUAGUUAGGAACACUAGAAAGAACUCAGCGGCUACAUGUUAUGUAAUAAGUGUUCUCUAGAAACAUCCAUAACAGUCGUCAGUCGCAUCUUCUGGUAGCUAAUGAAAUUUGAGUUAUGUAACCGUGUCUUGUGUU